AUGCCCGAAUCUGUUGAUGCAGACGAAGACAUCCUUAAUGAUCUCUACAGUAACGUGAAGCUCGAUGACCUCAGGCAUUCUCUCGCCUUCAUUGCAGGCCUCCAAGCUGCCUCAUUAGAUGAUCCUGCCUCGGGACUUGAUAGUGAGACUAUUGGACGCCUUCGCAACCCACCACAAUACCCUGCGACGAUCGAUGAUCCCCAUGUCAGGGCUGCUCUCGAAAACUACAUGCAUCUCAAGCAUUCGGACUCUGAUUUUGACCACGCACGGCUUUCGUAUAUCAAAGGAAAUAAUCUUGAUCCUGCGGAGUUCCCGACACUCUAUCAAACGAAGAAAAUUGCUGAAGAUAUCACAGGCGUCUACUCUGUCAUGCAUGACAUGUGUCCCAACUCUUGUAUCGGCUAUACAGGUCCGUUUUCGCACCUGGAACACUGUCCAGAGUGUAAUGAGUUUCGCUAUGAUCAAGCGCUGCUAGAAAAGACCUCCGGACUUUCCCACUCUCCCGAUUGGCCCCAAAUACAGGCACUGUACCGGGAUCCACAGAGUGCUCAGGAGAUGUGCUACCGUGACGAAAAAACACAGGAUAUAUUUGAGGAAUUGGAACGAAGAGGCAGUCUCGACUCGUAUAGCGAUUUCUUCGACGGAGAUGACUAUAUCAAGGCUGUACAAGGCAGGAAGAUCAAGGAUGAUGACAUUAUUUUGAUGAUGUCUGUCGACGGUGCCCAACUCUACAAGAACAAGCAGUCUGACUGCUGGAUCUCAAUCUGGAUCAAGAAGUUUGUGAUUCCUGGACUCGUCGUCCCUGGACCAAACAAGCCAAAAAACCUCGAUUCCUUCCUCUAUCCAAGUUUCCAUCAUGCCGCUGCAAUUAUGAAAGAGGGAUUGCCUAUAUGGGAUGCCCAUCGUGAUGUACGCUACCUCUCCAAUCUCUUUCUCGCCAUCGCGACUGCAGAUGGCCCAGGUCUCAUGUAUCUCAAUGGACUUGUCGGGCACCAUGGGAAAAUGGGUGCUGUCUCUACUGUGGACUCCCAGGACGCCAGUAAACCAGGUGGUUCUCACUAUUAUCCUGCACUGAAGAAGCCCCUCGAUUAUGAUUAUUGGGACAAUCUUGUCGCACUGCUCUCGAGUCGAACGGAGAGAGAAUAUCAACAGAAGCGUCUAGAGACAGGGAUUUCGAAGCCUUCAAUAUUUCUUGGCUUUCCCGAACAUUGCAUUCUUGGUGUCCCUUGGUGUUUUGGCUCUGAUAUCAUGCACCUUUGCUCACUGAACCUUCCCGAUCUCCUGAUUCCACUGUGGCGCGGGACCUUCAAAUGUGAUCCUACUGAUCAUGUCUCUACGUGGGACCAUGGGCGUGUUGUUGCAGCAUCCUCUCGUUAUCUUCCAGGGUUCUUUGAUCGCCCACCUCGCAACCUGGCUGAGAAGAUUUCGAGUGGAUACAAGGCAUGGGAGUACACACUAUACAUGUGGGGUCUCGGCCCUGCAGUUUUUCAUGAUGUGCUCCCAGACCCAUACUGGCAGAGUUUCUGCAAGCUCGUGCGUGGUGUUCGGCUCAUCAGCCAGAGAAGUAUUACACGAGAAGAACUUGUUGUUGCUGCACGAUGCUUUGCAGAGUUUGAAGAUGAGUUUGAGGAUUUGUACUACCAGCAACGUGCUGACCGACUUCAUUUUGUUCGUCAGAGUGUGCAUGCCCCCCUCCACUAUGCCAAUGAAGUCUUCACAAAAGGCCCAUUGAUCUGCAGUUCUCAGUGGCCGAUGGAUCAAAUCCACCAGCAUUCAAAUCCUUUCGCAAAUCUUGGUCAACGAUGCUUACGACAGGCACAAACCAACACUCUGAAGAUCAUAAUGCCUGCACUUGACCACGACAACCUCAAAUCAACUCUGCCGGCAUGGGCAAAGGAUAUUGGUGGUGGAUUUGCACUCCUUGCUAAGCAUGACCGCACAGCACGUGCAACGACAAUAUCAGAAUCUUCAGCAAUACAAGAGUAUGUUCAAGCAAAUGCUCCGCAGUCACCCACUCUUCAUUUGUUUGGUCCUGGACCUGUGAAAGUUGCUCGUUCAGCUCGCCUCCGUCUGCCCAGUGGUCUGACCACCCGCUCAUUGUGGUGUGAAGAAGAUCGUGAACAUGUUUGGCAAGCUCGCAACAUCAGACUCACAUACAACGGAAAACUUCAAUUUGCUGAAGUGUACUACUUUUUUCAAGCUAUUAUUCAUGCAGAUCGGCCUCCCGAGACUCUUGCUGUCAUCACACUCUAUUCACCACCGGAUGUCAAACUUCUUCAGGCUUCGCACUACACCUUGUGGUCAUGUCACCAUCAAGGAGAUGCUGCACUUGUCGUCAUCAACGUGAAAAUGAUUGAAUCAGUUGUCGCAAUGGUUCCACACAAGAUCAAUGGAGAAGAUCGAUUCUAUGUAGUUGAGAAACCAGGCUUGGAUGUAGCAGAUAUGGGGGGCUAUAGUAUUCCAGAAGAUGCAGAUGAGGAGGAUUUGUUCUGAUACUGUCGUGUGCUUCAUGAUAGACUUGAC